AUGGCAGAAACCGAAGAAAGCCAAGUUCCCUUAUGGUUUAGGGGAAAAUGGCAAAAGGCAGGGGCAUAUGUAUUAUUUCAACGCUUUGCAAAGAUUUUCAUUGGGUGUCUUGCAGCAGUUACUAGUGGCAUGAUGUAUGCUCUCUACUUAUCAGCAUACCAUGAACGAAAAUUCUGGUUUUCCAACAGGCAGGAGCUUGAACGGGAAAUCACAUUUCAGGGUGACAGUGCCAUUUAUUAUUCCUAUUAUAAAGAUAUGUUAAAGGCGCCUUCAUUUGAAAGAGGUAUUUAUGAACUGACACACAAUAACAAAACUGUAUCUCUGAAGACUAUAAAUGCAGUACAGCAAAUGUCUCUAUAUCCAGAACUUAUCGCCAGUGUUUUAUAUCAAGCAACUGGUAGCAAUGAGUUUAUUGAGCCAGUGUAUUUCUAUAUUGGCAUUGUUUUUGGAUUACAAGGAAUAUAUGUCACUGCUUUAUUUGUUACAAGUUGGCUUAUGAGUGGAACAUGGCUAGCAGGAAUGCUUACAGUUGCAUGGUUCAUUAUUAACAGGGUAGAUACAACAAGAAUUGAGUACUCCAUUCCUUUAAGAGAAAACUGGGCAUUACCAUAUUUUGCAUGCCAAGUUGCUGCACUUACAGGCUAUUUAAAAAGCAACUUAAAUACUUAUGCAGAGAGGUUUUGCUACUUGUUGAUCAGUGCUUCAACUUACACGUUUAUGAUGAUGUGGGAGUACAGCCACUAUCUCCUGUUUCUUCAAGCAAUAUCUCUGUUCCUGCUAGAUAUCUUUUCACUGGAGAAAAGUGACAAGGUUCAUGAAGUUUAUAAAAUCUACAUAUUUUCUCUUUUUCUGGGAUAUUUACUGCAGUUUGAGAAUCCAGCUUUAUUGGUGUCUCCUUUAUUAAGUUUAGUAGCAGCCUUAAUGCUUGCUAAGUGCCUUCAGCUGAAUGUGAAGAAAGGAACUUUUGUAGCUAAAAUAGUGAAAGUGAUUAAUUUUUACUUGGUGUGUACUUUGACAGUGACAUUGAAUAUUAUAAUGAAGAUCUUUGUCCCACACAAGGAAAAUGGGCAUAUGCUGAAAUUCCUUGAAGUAAAGUUUGGACUAAAUAUGACUAAGAAUUUUACAAUGAAUUGGCUCCUCUGUCAAGAAUCUCUGCAGGCUCCAUCUCAAGAUUUUUUUUUGCGAUUGACACAGUCUUCUUUAUUACCUUUCUAUAUUUUAGUAUUAAUUAUUUGUUUCCUUUCUGUGAUACAAGUUAUUUUUAGGAGAAUUAAUGGUAAGUCCCUGAAAGAAACUGUGAGUCUUGAAGAUGGACGAAUUGGAGAAAGGCCAGAAAUAAUUUAUCAUGUAAUUCACAGUAUUUUAUUGGGUGCUCUUGCAAUGGUUAUAGAAGGCUUGAAAUAUGUCUGGACUCCUUACGUGUGCAUGCUAGCAGCAUUUGGUGUAUGUUCUCCUGAACUUUGGAUGACACUUUUCAAGUGGCUUCGAUUAAAAACUGUACACCCAAUAUUGUUGGCUCUUAUUCUGAGUAUGGCUGUGCCCACUAUAAUAGGUCUCAGUUUAUGGAAAGAGUUUUUUCCAAGACUAAUGACAGAAUUAACGGAACUACAGGAAUUCUAUGACCCAGACACAGUGGAACUUAUGACGUGGAUAAAACAGUGGCCAUGUGCCAUCUCUUCAUUUCUAGAGCCUGGCACCAUCCCUAGCACAGAGCAGAUCUAUCAAAUCUAUUCAAAGCGAUCUGCUGAGGAUAUUUAUAAGAUACUGACAUCUUACAAAGCUAAUUACCUAAUUGUAGAGGAUGCUAUAUGCAAUGAGGUGGGAACCAUGAGAGGCUGUAGAGUUAAAGAUUUAUUAGACAUUGCAAAUGGCCAUGUGGUUUGUGAAGAAGGUGACAAGUUAACCUACUCAAAAUAUGGGCGAUUUUGUCAUGAGGUCAAAAUUAAUUAUUCUCCAUAUGUGAAUUAUUUCACUAGAGUAUACUGGAACAGAUCCUACUUUGUAUAUAAAAUCAACACUGUGAUAUCCUUCCAGUCUUGAAAAAUAACAGAACCUUCAUUUCAAAGACUUGUACUACCUGAAGUAAAAUAUGAUUCUCUUCUACCUACAUGGCAUCUUUUGCAGAUCCGACUAUGGACAUCUGAAGUGCUGCUUCUUUUCCCCUCCUGCUAUUAACUGGGUCCAGAGUUCUGUGGGAAAUAGAAGAUCAAGCAUUACUGUCCUUUGCUAGAAUGUCAAAUCUACCACUCUGAAAUAUUCCAGACAGGUGUCUUCCUUACUAUCACAUGGUCUUUAAAGGUUUUACAUAUUUAGCUUUUUCCCCAUGAACCUUCAUUCUGUUAUAAUAUUGAUCUUGAAUUUGAAUAUAUUCAGGGUCAGAGUAUAUUUCUGAAACAUAACUUUUAACAACUACUUAAUGUGCUAUAUAAUAGAAGGAAAGAAUUAUUCUUACCUUUAAGCAAAUUUCUGAAGGUGUUUCAUGGUUUAUAAUAGAAUUUAAAUUAAGAAAUAAUUUAAAUGUUAGCUGGAAAUAUGUGGCAUUUAAAUUAAAAUGGAAAUUAUAUAAAGGAAAGUGUUUUUUAAGGAUAUACAUAAAAAUAUAUCCAGAAUUUUCCAUGAUACUGCACUCAUCAUCUGCUGCUUAUAUAAGUGGGCACUUUCUCAGUAAUACAUAGUGCAUGAUAUUGCAUUUUAUUAUUUUAUGAUUGUCUUUUUUCACUUAUGCCCAUUAAUUUGAUACGAAUUUAAUCAUGAUAAAACAAUAACUCUUGUUACCUAUAUAUGUUUUUUUAAAUGGACAAUUUAAAAGAAUGUUAUUCAGGUUUAAAAAAAUAUAUGGAUGUAGAGGGUAUACAGUCUAUCCACAUGUUUUCUACUAAAUUAUUAAGAAAUUAAGUCUUUAUCAGAAGAAGAAUACGUACACUAAAAUGAGCAAUGAUUUCUGGAGAUAUAUGCUGAUGCUGUUAAACAUACCUCUGCAUACAGAUAUAUUUAUUAUAAAACACAAGUGAUAUUAUUUAUGAAACUGUGAUGCCAUCUUCAACAUUAAGAACAAAAUGACAAUUAAAAUAACACUUACAACACAGUUUUACAUUCUAAAUGCUGUGUUCCUUUAAGUUAACUUUUUUCAUAUUUUAAAUCAUUGAAGGAAAUUAUAAAAUAAUGUAGCUUUAUAAAAAGAUUAAGAAUAGAUGAUGUAUCAUUUUAAUAAGAAGGGCU